AUGACUUCCUCCGACCUCGAUCCCGUGAUUGCAUCGUACGAUGUGUAUCUUACGGACUCUGAGAUUUCCCGUUUUGUGUUGCAAUAUCUCGAUCGCCCAGCCGGAGAUGCCUACGACGACCGCCAUGGCCAGAAACCAGCCGCUUUCCGUAUAAAGCCAAAGACGGGCCUUGUGGAAGUGGACGUUCCGAUCAACACGCGCGUCAAUUAUGAUGUCAAUAAGGGUUUGCGGUACGGAGAUGCGUUGAAGAGGAGCCGGAACGCUCGUGAAGGAAGCGCAUUUGGUAUGGCCGGUGGCUUCAGCUCCGGAGGAGUAGGGGGUAAGGUGAAAAUGGAAGGAGCCGGGGACGUAGAAAUGAGCGGGAUGGGAUCCGGAGAGUCAGCUUCGUUGUUACGAAUGCAGACCCUGGGUGGGCGUAUUAAGAACCCAGAGAAUGGCGAUCCGGUUUAUAUGCUGGCUGCGUUCCGUGGAAAGAACCUGCACCUUUCUCCUGUUUCUGCUGUCGUCCAAUUGCACCCUCAACUGCACCAUCUGGACGCGUUGGAUGAGAUCCCUGCCAAGGGGAAGGGAGGAAAGGGCCGCAAAGAUGGUGACGAUGAGCGUCAGGCGGAAAGUGAAGCUCGCGCAAUCGAUGUUAAGAUCAAAGCAGCCGAGGAUGGUGAGGGAGCUAUGGUUGCAGGCAACCUAGACCUUCUGAAAAAGAUGCAGGAUGAGAAAUGGGAUACGUACAAUUGGGUCGACGCUGAGACGGAGGAGUCAUGGAACGUGUAUGAGAGCUACAUGAUGCACCAGGAUCCGGAGAACCUGCCGCAACUUGAUUCGGCAAUUAAUAGUGAGGACUAUCUUGACACAAUGAGCGCGCCGCGUAUUGACCCAGCGCGGCCGGAGAUGACUGGGUGGGCGAUGAAACAGAAUCGGAAGAAGCAAGGUGAUCUAGAAGGGUCUGGGGGUCCUACAGAGUUAUAA